CUAAUUGUGUAUUGUUGGUACCCUGCUUUGCGGUGUCGGUGGAGGAAUAGAAUGUUUCUUACAACAAGACAGUCUCUAGUGGACGUCAAGGCGUAACAAGGGUUCAAGCUCAGUGUAGUGGUUACAUUCCACAUAAAGAAAAGAUGGUUCUUAAGUUCAAAUCAGUGCAAUAUGUUAUCCUCUUUACAAUUUACUUAUUGGACGAAUUUCAUCAGACUUCCCCUCAGAAUGAGACUGAAUAUAAAACAAUCUCGUCGUCUAAAUCCACCGAGGAACCAGGAAAAUCAACAGCUGUAUCAGCAAAGCAGAACAGUUCCGGUAACAACAAUGAAUCAAUAUUUUUAACUUUGCUGCCUCAAAACAACUUAAGUGUGCAAUCAACACAUACAGUGCUUCAAGUGAAUUCAACGCCGAUACCAACUUUGGAUCCACAGACAAAUUCAAUUGUACAAUCGAAAACAUUACCUCUUCAACACAAUUUAACCGUUCAACCCACAGCCACGACUAAAGCGGUACAAAAUCCCUCUGAAGAACAAACAAAAUCAACCGCAAAUGCCACAACUCAAGUGACUUCAACGCCGAUACCAACUUUGGAUCCGCAGACAAAUUCAAUUGUACAAUCGACAACAUUACCUCUUCAACACAAUUUAACCGUUCAACCCACAGCCACGACUAAAGCGGUACAAAAUCCCUCAGAAGAACAAACAAAAUCAACCGCAAAUGCCACAACUCAAGUGACUUCAACGCCGAUACCAACUUCGGAUCCGCAGACAAAUUCAAUUGUACAAUCGACAACAUUACCUCUUCAACACAAUUUAACCGUUCAACCCACAGCCACGACUAAAGCGGUACAAAAUCCCUCUGAAGAACAAACAAAAUCAACCGCAAACGCAACAACUCAAGUGACUUCAACGCCGAUACCAACUUUGGAUCCACAGACAAAUUCAAUUGUACAAUCGACAACAUUACCUCUUCAACACAAUUUAACCGUUCAACCCACAGCCACGACUAAAGCGGUACAAAAUCCCUCUGAAGAACAAACAAAAUCAACCGCAAAUGCCACAACUCAAGUGACUUCAACGCCGAUACCAACUUCGGAUCCGCAGACAAAUUCAAUUGUACAAUCGACAACAUUACCUCUUCAACACAAUUUAACCGUUCAACCCACAGCCACGACUAAAGCGGUACAAAAUCCCUCAGAAGAACAAACAAAAUCAACUGCAAAUACCACACUAACUCAAGUGACUUCAACGCCGAUACCACCAUGGGUACCACAACCGAUAACUUACUCACCAUCAAACACAGCGGGUGUGCGAUUUGCCUUUCGGAGGAAACAGUACAAUUUUGACCUCAAUCUCCUGAACAAAGACUCGGAAGUUUAUAUAAACUUCGAGACGGAGCUCUUUAACGAGUUCACUGGGCAACUCAGACAAUAUGAUGUCAAAGAUGUAACUCUAUUAUUUAUAAGACCGGGAAGUGUGGAAGUUACCACUGUUUUGACUGUAAACGACAGAAAUAACAUCACAAAUGUCGAAAGAGCAUUGCACAACUUUAACCAAACUGGCAGACUCGGAAGCAUAAACUUGAUUGGAAUUUUCUGGAAGGCUGAAGAUGAAACCUGUCAGCCUCCUGAUGUUAGUAUACUGAAUCUUCCAAGAUGGAAAGAAAACGAGAUGGUUCACAUUCUUCGCUCCAAAGAUUUCAUCGUACAAACAUUGGUGAAUAAAACAAACUGUAAUCGACCACAAAAGCUGCUGUUUGAGUGGCGUUUAUCCAAGUAUAGUGUGGACCAAUCAAAUGACACUAUCAUCGAAACGACAACCACGUUGAACUCAAAAACUACAGAAUGGAACUUGCAAAAGCGACAGCUUGAUUAUGGCCUUUAUUUUGUGGAUUUUAAAGCAGCCCUUGAAAGUAACCCACCGGUAGUAAACAGUACUUUGGGAUUUUUUAACAUCACGAAAUCUCCAAUAAUAGCCGAUAUAUUAGGAGGAAACAAAGUCACUCGGGGAAAGGGAAGUGUCAUCACUUUGGAUGCUUCAGCAUCUAGGGACCCAGACGUGGAGCCUGGUAACUACACCUCCAUGCAGUUCACGUGGCUAUGUAAAAGACGAGAAGAAACUUUUCCCACCGGCCCUCUGGAUUCGGUUCCAGUAAUUACAGCGUCCUCGGGCCCCGGAGGAGGCGGUUGUUUUGGGACGGGUGUUGGAAAACUAGCUUCUAAUUUAACGGUGGUGACGUUAGAAACAUCUCUAAUGACUGUAGAUAGGUCUUAUGACGUCAAACUUGUAGUAACCAAGGAUGACCGAAAGGACGAAUUCGUACAAGAAAUCAAGAUUGUCAGCGGUAACCCGCCCAACGUAAUAAUCAGGUGCCUCAUCAACUGUGAUAAGAUUGCAAGUGAGUCGACGCGAAUCAGUUUGACCACCGAGUGCAGUGGGGAUCCUUGUGAAAGAGCAAAAUACCACUGGCAGUUAAACGUUGUUCACUUUAGUGGCGUUGAGGACAAUGACAAGGAACUGACUGACAAAGCAGAAACUUAUCUCAAUUCCACUGGCAUCAUCAUAAAGAAGAACCAACUAAGAGAGUUACCGCUUGGUCACUUUUAUCGAUUGAAAGUCGAAGUUUCACAACAGGGUGAACCCCCAGGAUAUGCCACUUACCAGUUCAGAAUUAACGCCCCACCUCAACAUGGAUCUUGCAGCGUGACACCAACAAAAGGAGAGGCUUUGAGAACGCAGUUUAAAUUUGAAUGCAGAAAUUGGCAGGACCGAGAUGAACCAAUUACUUACCAAUUCUACUACAAAACCGAGAAUGGUGUGUACACAGUAAUUUCAUAUGGCUCAGAAAGUCUUGUCAAGACAGUGCUACCUCCGGGGAAGAUACAUAUUAAAGUAAUGGUGUCUGACCGUUUGUCUGCUACAAAUACCGCUACUCUUGAAAUAGAGGUUAAACCUGCACCCGCUAGUGAGAAUCUCAGCGAACUAACCGUCGGCAAUAGCAGUCUGUUCAACCAACUAGUCCAAUUAGGAGAUGUCCGUGGCGCCACACAACUGGCAAAUGCCGUGCUAGAGAGCGCUGAACAGAGAAAGUCAACUACCAUCCAGGAAAAGAUUGCUAUUAAAGAUUCUGUUGUGAAGACUGUGUCAGAGAUACAAGUUGGCAAUUUACAAUCUUUGAUUCAAGUGACGUCAAUUAUUGCACGAGCAACACUGGAACCCAGCGAGGUGACAUUCGACACUCAGAAACUUGCACUGAAAACACUCACCUCUAUGACGUCACUACUUUCAAGUAAGACGACAGAAGAUUAUGCUUCAGAAUAUGUCUUAGUUGACGAAGGAGGAGAGAACCUGGUACUGAGCCUCGGAAAUCUUCUCCAUUCCACUGCCCAGAAAGCUGAUGUUGUCGGUCUAACAAAAGAGCCAACGGACGUACGAUCUAAGAGUGAAAACAUCUCCAGAGAUACGGAGAAACUCAUUGAUGACGUUGCAACAGCUCUGUUGUCAAAGAUGAUAGUGGAUCAAGAACCUCGCCGUAUUAAUACUAAGUCCAUCAACAUGGAACUAAGCCGAAUGAGCUCCAGAUCAAGGGGAACCAGUGCAGACUUCACAGACGAUGAUAGGGCAGGAUUUAAAUUUUCUCUUGCUGCCAUAACUGAUGACAAAGUGACAACUCCUGAAUAUAUAGAUAGCGUGUUGACGAUGAGUGCUUUUAAUCCUUUCACUUGGGAUAACAGUUCAGCUGUUGUCAGGGAUUCUCAUGUCCUUAGUUUGAACCUUAAAGAUGACGAAGGAGAACCUUUAAUAGUCAAAGACAGCAGAGAGGAUAUAGAGAUCAAGAUUCCACGGAAAGUGAGAUUUACUCCAGAGGAAAGAGUUUCGUUCUUUGUGAAGCCCAGCAGUGAGGGGAAAAUGCAAUACCAUGAAAUAAACUCACCAGGUGUAAGAGGGAAUGCUCUACGGCUGCGAAUCACACCAGAAAGACCCACCAUCUUUAAGGUGUUUGUGCGACAAGGUCAGCGGCCAACUGUCACAGAAUACGACCUAACCAAGAGAAUCCCCGAUGAGUCGUGUUCCAUAUCUCCUCAGGCUUCUCAGCGUGGUUGCAGCGAAGAAGCUUACGAUGUUGUCUUGUACCAUGAACUAAUCAGUGAGGCGGGUAAAUACUACAUCGGUAUAUUAUACGAAGGAGGCAGCGUUAGACCUCAGGGACGAAAGAAACGAUCAUGCUUCGGAAGUGGUCGGCAGAAGAGGUCGUGUGUGGAAAUUAAGGAUCCUCCAAGGCCCGAGAACAAGACAAUAAAGCCUGUUUACAACUCAAGAACAGACAUGAAUUACUCGAUGAACAUUUUGGAGGAGAGUUGCGUCUUUUGGGACAGCAGAGAAGAACACUGGUUGUCGACAGGAUGUAGAGUAGGACCAAAAUCUGAUUUAGGAUCCUUACACUGCCUGUGUAACCACUUAACGUCAUUUGGAGGAGGUGUCCUGGUGAUGCCUAACACGUUGGAUUUUGAUGUCGUGUUUACAGAACUCGGACGACUCGACCAAACUGGAAACGUUGCUGUCCUUUGUACGAUAAUCAUUGUGCUGCUGUUGUAUUUGCUUGUGGUCAUAUUCGCAAGGAAAGCCGAUAAACGAGAUCAAGCUAAGAGAGGCCCGGCGCUCCAUUUAACUUUGACCCAGGAGGCUUCUUAUGAGUACGAUUUGACCGUGGUAACGGGAGUCUGGAGAGAGUCUGGGACGGAUGCCAAUGUCGCCAUCGUCAUUCAUGGAAGCGAGGCGGAGAGUCAACCCAUAGUAUUACAAAAGGACAUGAUCAACUCCAGGAAAAUUUUGGCUCGCGGAAACGAAGAUAGAUUUGUUAUUCAUUUACCAAUGUCACUAGGGAUUAUGCAAUACAUCCGCGUUUGGCAUGACAACUCAGGAAAGAGUCCUUCUUGGUAUUUCAGCCAUGCUGUUGUGAAGGACCGCCAAACAGGGAAAAAAUGGACAUUUAUAAACAACAGUUGGCUGGCUUUGGAAAAAGGAGACGGUAAAAUUGACAGGAUUUUAACACCUCUCUCUAGUCGAGAGAUGAAGACUUUUAAACGCUCUCUCAACUCACGAGGCUCAAAGAGUUUUUCUGAGGGACAUUUGUGGCUCUCUGUUAUAACUAAGCCACCGGGGAACAAAUUUACACGCGUCCAACGAGCUACAUGUUGCUUGUGUCUUCUUCUGUCUGCGAUGCUUGCGAAUGCUCUUUUCUACAGGACUGAAAAGACAGGAGAUCCUACCAUGCAGAUUGGUCCAUUGAAGUUCAGCUGGAGGCAGAUUGUGGUGGGCAUUGAGAGCGCUCUGAUAGUUACUCCUGUGAACUUACUCAUCGCGUCAUUGUUCAAAAAUAGUGCGAAAAAACCUUUAAAUAAAGUUGAUGUGACCAAGCUGGAAGAUGCACCUGAGCCUGUGCAACGCAACAGUUAUUCCUCCUUAGGCUGCGAAGAGGACACAAGCGGCGUGAAAGCUGCAUCGAAAAGUAAUACUUCCUUCUGGACAAGAACACGAGGACGAAUGUGGGGCAAGACCAAAAAGGACUUCAUUUGUCCUCAUUUCUGUAUCUACAUUGCUUGGUUUCUAAGCCUUGCUACUGUGUCUGUAUCUGCGUGCUUUACUUUUUUCUUCAGCUUAAUGUGGGGAAAAGACAUUGCAAACCAGUGGUUGUCCUCUAUGUUAGUUUCUUUCACUGAGGAUCUGUUCGUUCUUCAACCAAUCAAAAUAGUUCUUCUCAUGGUUCUAGCCGCAUGUUUCCUUAGCAACCGUAAUGACGCUGACUUUCGUCAUGUUAAAAACCACGAGACAACUGCACAAUUAUCUUCUUUGGAAACAGAAGUUGCAUGUGACACCCAAGGUAGAACAGCUGAAAUCCCGGAGGAAGCUGUGCUUGAACAAGCCAGAGAAUACAGAGUAAAGGAGGCAAAGAUGUAUUCCUUUGGUAGAGAACUUGUGGUGUAUCUACUGUUCUUACUGCUACUAACAAUCGUUUGUUACGGUAACAGAAGUUACCAUGGAUAUCUCAUGACUAAGAAUCUAAAAGACACCUUCAGCAAUUAUUCAUUGGCCAAAGAUCCCAGGAUCUUUUGGACUUGGCUGAAUCGUCAGUUUGUGAAUGGCAUUUAUGCUGGUAAGUGGUACAAUGAUGAGAAAGUCAAAGAGCAAGAGUACAUUGGUGACAAGAUGUCCAUUCUCCUGGGAGUGCCCCGUUUAAGGCAGCUGAGAGUACAGAAAGAUUCUUGCUUGAUCCCGGAGCAGUUACAAGAGGUAGUAAAGCACUGUAAUGACUUCUACAGCGUCGACGAAGAGGACAGAACUCAUUUUCAUCUACCUGGAUGGAUGCCAUUUACAGGCUCGGUUUCGUGGGCUAACUUUUCAGAUCUUUGCCCGGCCCCAUGGCGUUACGUGAAAAAGGAAAAGAUCCAGAACUCGCCAAGCUGGGGUUUCUUUCAUGUUUAUGACGGAGGUGGAUACAUAGCAGAUUUAGGUUAUAGUAAACUCACUGCUGACAGAAUUAUUACUAACUUGAGACAAUACGACUGGGUCGACCGCCAGACCCGCGCAGUGUUACUUGAAUUCUCCAUUUACAAUCCAAACACAGGAUACAUCAGCAUAUCGACAUAUCAUUACGAAGUACUCCCCACUGGGUACGGUAAUCCUUUCGCAAAGAUCGACACGCUUCUAGUGACGAGCACGGAAACUGGUUUCCACCGGUUCUACCUGAUUUGUCAGUUACUGUUCAUCCUCAUGGUAAUCUUCUUUGUGCUAAAAGAGGUUUAUAAUAUCUUUAAGCAGAAAUGUUCUUAUUUCCGAAAUGCAUGGAAUUGGGUGCAGAUUUUGCAAAUCAUUUUUUCUUUUCUGGUGGUAGUUUUCUAUGUUUUAAAAUCACAAAUGGUUCUGAAAAGUGUCGUAAAAGUAAAGAAAAACCCUUUUGCUUCUGUAAGUUUCGGGGAGGCCGUUGACUGGAACCACGCAGAGAAUUCCGUUUUAGCUCUGACGGUUUUCACAACAACUGUGAAACUUCUGCGCAUGAUCCGGUUUAAUCCACACGUCAGCAUAAUGAUGUCAUCACUUCGUUUAUCAAGAGGAUUACUCAUGUCAUACUCUGUGAUAUUUGCCAUUAUUAUCUUCUCAUAUGCUCAGUUUGGUAGACUAGCUUUUGGUGAGUACAUGCUGCGUUAUUCAUCGUUUCAAAGAACGGUGUUUUCCGAAUUUGUCAUGUGCCUCGGCGGAAAAAUGGACUUGGAAGAACUGCGACGAGCGAAUCGAGUUCUAGGUCCCCUGUUUGGAUUUUCUUUCCUUACUCUUAUGUCGUUCAUUUUCGUCAACUUUUUUGUUGCCAUUCUAAAUGAUUCUUAUGAGGACAUCAGAGAAAAUACGGACAAACAGUCGAAAGACUUUGAAAUGCACGACUUUAUAUUGGAAAGACUACGUGAACUUUUAGGAUUUAAUAAAGAAACUGAACGAGAAAAUGACAAUGAUAAUAACACUGACCUGCUUGAACAUCCAGUACCUCAGGAAAAUGUCCCACAUGGAAAACUAACAUUUACAUCUGUAGUCGUCUACUCUCAAAGACUUCGUCAUAUGGCGAGACGCAAACAACUGCGAAUUUCCAAAUUAAAAGAGGAGAACGACACUGAAAGAGCGAACGUGGUUCGAUUUGAGUGCGAGAGACCGGCAACAAUGGCUGAUGUAGAGACACGAAAAAGAACAAUUCAAAAACUAAAAUGUGUCACAUCAAGCUUGUUUAUCAUGAAGUCCUUAGCGCAAGAGAGGAUGUUGGAGAGAAUGUCUGAUUUAAUCGAGAAACUUGCAAUGGACGAAGUGCAACGAGAUGAAGAGCUUCUUUUUAUAAUCCGGCUUUUACUUCUAAUGAAUAUGAACUACGACGACUGUUCUAGUAUACGUGGUCCAGAUGACACUUCUUCACUCGAUGACAUUGCCAUUUCUUCAUUGACAACACCGUUAUCUUCGCCAAUAUCCGGGAUCGACAAGACAAGAGGUGAACCGGUAGAUACCUCUGACGAUGAAACGUUAGACCUUCUUCGAAGAAGAGAACUUUCGCGUCCGUUGCCGUAUCACUUGAGGGGUAUGGAGCUUCGUGAACAACUCCGAUCAACUUUGGCAACUAAAAGAAGCAAAAGGUUCAGGCUGAGGCCGUCGAACUCUUUGAUCUAUAAAUACUACUCGUUCCUUUGAAUGCGGGUUUUCAGAAGACAACGACACUUUCCGAAAAUCCGAAUUUAUCUCUGUUAAGGGCCGGUAUCAAACAGAAUAAGAUCAUGUUCCUUAAAGGUUCACUUUCCAGUUAUCAAAAUUAUCCACAAGAUCCUGAUGAUAAUCUACAAUUUAGUUAUCUCUUUAAUAAAAUAGUAUCGUGAUAAUAGUAUCGCGUAAUUUAAUUAUUAAAUCUGCCGCACAAAAUUAAAAUAUUAAUAAAAUUUUAGCUGGUGCAGAAUGCGAAGGGAGGGGAGGGAGUGACACGAUAGGAACACACCCCCUCUUCCCCCUUUUUCCUCUUUCCCCCUCCUCUGUUUGUCUCUCUCAUAAACGUUUUUUGGUGACGUGGUCACGCACGUAAAGAAAUAAGAAAACUAUGUUUCAAGACAAGACUUAACAUUAGCUGCGAAAGAGACUACCUUCUUACGUUAACCAUGCAGGCUGAAUUUAUACACUUAGUCCAACUUUACGAGUGAAGCGGGGUGCGGUCAAUUAUAGGGUUAAAUUCGCAACGACGUGGCUAACCAGUUUCUGGCUAAUCAACAAAAGGCAAGAUUCGCAGUUAAGCCACCGUGGCACCUUCCUUUGGAUGUACUUCACACUUAGCACAGAUAUCCCACGUUCGUUCUGUUGACAAGAA